AUGUGGCCAAGCAGUUUCUCACCGCCUGGCGAAGCCACAGGCCACGCUGCAUCCACAAGCACUGGUGCAUCCGCUGAUGCACUCGAGGAAACGGUUCGAUUCCAGCGAGACAAGGAAGUCGCGCGUGCCCUGAACGAGCAAUUCCAGAAAGGAGUCAUCGUGAAGCUGCUCGCCACUCGACCCGGAGGUACCCAAAAGACAGGCUUCGACAAGAAAGUCUCACAAAUCUUGGGCCUAAGGCAUGGACAGCAGCCCCAGGAUGAGGGCUACUUGGACUUGGGCUAUAUGCUCGAAGAGUGGCCCAGGUGCAAAGAUCACAGCUCUGGCCAGGGUAUCGCGGGGAAUUGGUUCACAUCUGCAUCCUUUGUGAAUCAAGAGCUUGCUGGUGCUUAUCGGCCCGGCGUCCAUGACGACGAGCUGCGUGAAGCUGGGACAUCCCUGUACGGCUGCAACCGCUACGCGUGCGGCAGGUCCGCGGAGUCGCACAAGAUCCUUGCGGUGUUUCAACCCAAUCCCAUCGUGGGAUGUGGCUUCGUGGAGGACGCUGGCACAAAUCGGGCUGGUGAGUUCACAGGUUGCGCUGAAGAAUGGAAGGGCGCCGGCGGCUGGGAAAUAUCGCGGUGCCUGAGCUCGCCGGAUGACUGUACAUUCAAACUGCCGGGCUCCGAGCUGCGAGGAAGCACAGGAUCAUGGCGCGUGGAUCGAAAGUUUCUGCCACCAAAGCUGGGCUUUAGUGGCCGAUUCAACCCCCAGUCGGCGGGUAUGCAGAGGUUCGUCGCGGAUCAGAAGCGCUACAACCCGAAGCCAUCUCCAAGCCAAGUAGCCGCUGGAGUGAGGCACCACACCCUGGGAUACAACGAGGUCAUGGUGCAGGUGGGCACUCCGGCCAUGCUCUUCGAGGAGAUGCAGAAAGAAGGUGUGCCAAGUCGGUUCAACCUGAACCAGCUGCGACUCUGGCAGUGCAGAACCAACGGCCUGAGUGCCUUCGCGCGGGUGCAGCCCCCAGCUGCCUUGGAUGAGCAUGGCCGGCAGGUGGAGAACUGCCGCUACCAGGUCUUUCGGAAGAUGCGAGACAGCUACGACAAGGCGUGUGGCAGAACCGAGCCCACACCCAUCCUCUUCUUCGACUUAAAGGCAGACUCGGAGCCUUUCUCCGCAGUUCGGAUGACGGAGCUCUUUCCGAGCCAGGGCCCCUGUGACGCCGAGGCGGCGCAGCCCCCGAGUGCCGCGAAAAAGGGCUGUGCGCUGCUGCCUGGGGUUGCGGUUUUUGGGCUUACGGUUUAG